AUGAAUAUAUCCGCACUAGUGAAUCACGAUGGAGACGCGACCGUGCUACCGCGGCGGUCUCUCUCCAAUUCCAUCUCUGUGUCCGCUUCCAGUCCCAUUACCUCCAACGCGAACCUCCAGACUCCCUCAAAGCCGACACAUAGGCAGAUGCCACUCAAGCGCAAGCGUCACGACCCCAAGCCCAUAUGGGCCUAUCUCGAAGGAGAGAAACUCCCGCCGGAGCUACAAGAACUGCAUGAGCAGCGCCUGCAGUCGCGUCAACCGCCGCCCGCCCAGGAACCGUCGCCUGCACCUCCACCACAUGCCCAACCACCCCCGCCGCCGAUACCUCACCGCAACGGUCCUCCAGUAAAUGGAAAUGGCGCGCACGCUAUUACUGUUCCUGUUACUGAGCUUAGUGGCUUUGAGCGACCCGUUUCGAAUGACGCGCAUGUCUACGACGAUGUUUCGCGCAAAGUAUGCGACUUCAUCUGGAACGUGGCUAUCAACAAUGAAGUAGUUCGCGGCGCGAUCGCCGAGUCUGAACUUACUCAGCUGGAAAUCGAGGCGCGUUGGGGUCAUAUUAUCGACAAAGGGAGCAAUGGCCGACUGCGAGGUUACCACGACACCGAAACCGUCAUCAAGUCGCAGAACAUGGAUCUCAAAUUUGAGAGCACCAUGACCAUGGAACAACAUAAGCGCAUGAACAUGUACUUGAACGGCCAAGUCCGGGAGUCUAAAGCGCCUGGCGCAUCGCGUCCACCGGUCGACUACCAGCACACAAGGGAGAUUGACAACUUCUACGAGCUGGGACAAGAGCAAUUUGCUAUUCUACCCGCAAAGACCAAGGUCCUCAUCCACGCAGCUGGUGCCCGUCAACGAAUUCGCGUGACGCGCGACCAGAAGACGGGCCAGGUCAUCCGGUGCAUGAUCAAGCAUCGCCUAGGGAACCUUGAGAUCAGCUCGCCGCAGACUGAGUGGGACUACCGCAUCGGCAUCAAUCUAGAAAUCAACUAUCCCGGACCUAUCGAGAAACUCCAGCCGGCUGUUGAGGCUGGGAAGGAUCUGGAGAGCAUGAAGCGGCAGAAAGACAGAAUGUCGUACUCCUGGCUCGGCGCAUACCAGGUGGAUCUGACCCAGGUGCAACAAGGCCCCAUGAAGAACCACGAGCUGGAGUUGGAGCUGAACUCGGACGUAUUAAUCGACAAUGCGGAUAAAGUAAGGAACAAGGAGCCGAACAGCUUCGAAGGACUGAUUACCGGGAUGAUGAACAACCUGCGCGUUUUGUCGCGUGAGAUUACACCUCCAGCAACAGGCGUCUAGAUUGCAAUGGGCUGUGUGGCAAAAGUGUACUACUAGUUUCAUGCGCUUUUGGCGCUCUGGGGGAUUACUGAGGUAAUAGGCGCGCAGCAUAUGGUGUGGAGUUUUGUGCUUUGAAUAAGAUACCCCAUUUCUCUGCGAGA